GGCGUCCCUUAUGUUUUCUUCAAGUUGUUCGCCGUCCGGUCCGGUGUCUAGAUUUUUGUACGUACGUGCGUGAGUUUGCUAACACGUGUUUAUUUGAUGCCGGAUGAAUUAAAUUCAUUUUGAUUUGCAAUAUUAAUGUUAUAAAGAUGGACACAUCAGAGUCGCCAACGAAGACAAAGCGGUCCAAGUCACUUGGAGAUUUACAAAAAGAAGGAGAUUUUAAAAUUCAACCCUCCUCAAAAGUACCUAAGCUUGAUACUUCCAAAUGGCCUCUUCUUUUAAAGAAUUUUGACAGGCUAAAUGUGCGCACCAACCACUACACUCCUCUACCGUUUGGCUCUUCACCACUCAGCCGAGACAUUACUCAGUAUAUCCGCUAUGGCUGCAUCAACCUGGACAAACCCUGCAACCCCAGCUCUCACGAAGUGGUGGCGUGGAUUAAGAGGAUACUCAAAGUGGAGAAGACUGGUCACUCUGGUACUCUGGACCCUAAAGUGUCAGGUUGCCUAAUAGUGUGUAUAGAUCGUACUACACGCCUUGCCAAAUCUCAACAGUCAGCUGGCAAAGAGUACGUGGCAAUUUUCAAACUACAUUCAGCCGUUGAGAGCAUAAGCAAGAUCCAUCAAGGACUGGAGAAGUUGCGGGGAGCCCUGUUCCAACGUCCUCCGCUCAUAUCUGCAGUGAAACGGCAGCUGAGAGUCAGGACUUGUUACGAAAACAAACUCUUAGAGUAUGAUGAAGAUCAAAAUAUUGGUGUGAUGUGGGUGAAGGUGGAAGCUGGUUCGUAUGUGAGGACUAUCUGUGUACAUCUGGGGCUCCUAGUUGGUACUGGUGGGCAAAUGUUGGAGCUUAGACGGAACAGAUCAGGUGUCCAGUCCGAGGAGGAUGGAUUGUCGACAAUGCAUGACGUGUUGGAUGCGCAGUGGCUGUAUGAAAAUCACAGAGACGAGUCGUACCUGCGCCGCGUCGUUCGCCCACUUGAGUCUCUCCUCAUCAACCACAAAAAGAUCAUCGUUAAAGACAGUGCUGUGAAUGCAAUCUGCUAUGGUGCAAAAAUAAUGGUGCCAGGUAUCCUGAGGUAUGAAGAUGGUAUUGAGGUCAAUCAGGAGAUCGUCAUUGUGACAACUAAAGGAGAAGCUAUCGCUUUAGGUAUUGCACUGAUGACUACGGCCACGAUAGCCAGCUGUGACCACGGCAUCGCUGCAAGGAUCAAACGUGUCAUCAUGGACCGUGACAUUUACCCCAGGAAGUGGGGCUUGGGCGCUAAGGCAUUCCGCAAGAAACAGCUGAUAAAGGAGGGUAAGCUUGACAAGUAUGGGAAGCCCAAUGAGCUGACACCUUCUGACUACAUGGAAACCUACCGUGCCGAACAGCAGGGCCUCAAUGGAGGAGUCGUCAUCAAGCAAGAGUUGCCUGAUCCAGAUGAACCAUCCACCCCUGCUGCUGAUUCAGACCGAAAGAGGAAGGCAAGCAGGACACCACAGAGUGAAGAACAGGAAACGUCUCCAACAGUGACAUCUGAGAAGAAAAAGAAGAAGAAGAAGCGGAAGAAGCAUGACGAAGAAGCUCCAGAAGGUGAAUCACAAGUGACCAUAAAACAAGAACCCGUUGAUCCUGAGGACGAGGGGUUCAGAGAGACUGGGGCGGUGGGGGGUGAGCAGCAAGAGGAGGAGGAGGAACCAAGAAAAGAGAAGAAAAAGAAGAAGAAGAAGGAUAAACAAAAAGAAAGAGAAGAUUCGAGCUAAAGUAUUUUUAUCUUUUAUCCAUUCUGUUAUGAUUUCUUAUGAAAGAAUAGUAAACUGUUCAUUUGUAAAA